CUCCAAGAUGGUUUCUCCGUUAAACGUUAUAACAGCCAACAUGAAGCUCUUCCGUCGGAAUGGUCGAGUCAUCAAUAUCCGCGUGCAUUUGUCAAAAGGAUUGGAAAAAUAAGCCACGUGAGAAACAUACAUUCACAUCAUGGCUUUAGCGAAUAGAGGCUCCGCAGACAGCUUCGGGGACUUAGUGAAGCAGUUGACGCUGGAGGAGAAGAUUUCUAUGCUUGCGGGUAAGAAUGUCUGGGAGACUUUCGAUGUAGAAAGGCUCGGAAUACCAUCCCUCAAAGUCACUGAUGGUCCCAAUGGUGCAAGAGGAGGAGAAUUCUUCGACGGAACAACCGCAGCAUGCUUUCCUGCGUGUGUAUCACUAGCAGCGACAUUCAACCGCGAUCUUGCGCGCAAAGUCGGCAAGGCUCUUGGACAAGAAGCGAUCACCAAAGGCGCAUAUGUUCUGCUCGGCCCAACAGUAUGCUGCCAUCGAUCUCCGCUCGGUGGAAGGAAUUUCGAAGCAUUCUCGGAAGAUCCUCUUCUUUCUGGAGCCUUGGCGAUUGAGUACGUGAAAGGGUUGCAGGAGGAACGUGUGGCUGCGACUGUAAAGCAUUUCCUUGCGAACGAACAGGAUACGAGGAGAUUCUCUGUGAACGAGACCGUCUCGGAGAGAGCGCUGAGAGAAAUUUACCUGAAACCUUUUGAGAUGGUAGCAAAACAGGCCGACCCCUGGUGCUUCAUGUCAAGUUACCCCAAGGUUAAUGGCAGUCAUAUCGAUGCGAGCUCAAAGUUCCUCAAUGAUAUAUUGAGGGGUGAAUGGGGCUACGAUGGCCUGGUCAUGUCAGACUGGGGUGCAGCUAGCACCCCCGAAGGUAUAAAAUACGGGUUGGACCUUGAGAUGCCAGGGCCUUCCCGCCAACGAACUACCGAGAAGGUCCAAGGCGCCCUCCAAGCUGGCCAAAUUAGCGAAGAAGACAUCGACAAGCGUGUACUGAACAUUCUCAACUUAUUGAAGAAGACGGGAAAGUUCGAUGAUCGAAAGAACCCGGUGAAGGAGCAAGCAAUCGAUCGCCCAGAGCAUCGUGCACUGAUCCGCAAAGCCGGUAGCGAAGGCAUUGUAUUGCUGAAGAACGAGAACAAUAUUCUCCCGAUCGACGUCAAGAAGACCAAAAAGAUUGCACUCUUAGGCCCGCUUGCGAACUACUCGGCAGCCCAUGGUGGUGGGAGUGCAUCAUUAAGCUGUCAUUAUAAGGUAUCACCAUAUGAUGCAUUCAAGGAGAGGCUUGGAAAAGAUGUCGAGAUUACACACGGGAAAGGAGCUCACAUCUUCCGCGUAUACCCAGAUCUAGAAGAGGGCUGCACGAAUGCGAAAUCUAAUCCUGGAUUUCUCGCAGAGUUCUUCAUGACCCCAGAGGCAAAUGAAGAGCCAUUCCGCGUCGAGGAAUACCCACGAGGGAGCUUCACCACACUAAUGAACACCAACGUCGUAGGAUCUCAAACUGUCCGAUACACAACGACUUACACACCAACUACAGCCGGCAACCACUACCUAAGCUUUUCCGGUCUCGGCCCAACAAAGCUUUUCAUCGACGACGUAGAGGUCGGCGAGCAAAGAGAUCCCAUCAAGGACGCCAUGGGCUUCUUCCUCGGCGUCCAAGAGGAGGUCCGCAUCCAAUAUCAAUUCAGCAACCGACCAUACAAGAUCCGCCUCGAAACCCACCCAUCACCAGUUUCAAACUCAGAACUCUACCUCAUGGACAACCAAUGUUCCAUUCAUCUCGGAUUCUUGAGUCAGGCCGAGAUGGAGCAGGACGUUCUUUCAGAAGCCAUAGAGCUCGCCCGCUCUGCAGACCUUGCGGUCCUCUUCGUAGGCAACACCACACAAUGGGAGACUGAGGGUCAGGAUCUCUCUUCCAUGACACUGCCUGCCGAUGGAUCGCAAGACAAGCUCGUUGCGUCUGUUGUAGCUGCCAAUCCCAAUACCAUCGUCGUGAACACAACGGGUGUGCCCGUCGAAUUGCCGUGGAUCGAUGAUGUCCCGGCCUUCCUACAAGCUUGGUAUGCCGGCCAAGAAACCGGUAACGCAAUUCUGGAUGUCCUACUCGGCGAGACAUGUCCGAGCGGCAAGCUGCCCAUCUCGUGGCCGAAGAAGUACGAGCAUACCGGCUGCUACGGUAAUUUUGGCCUCGAUAGCUACGACUCGAGAGAAGUGACAUAUGUGGAAGAUGUCUUCGUUGGAUACAGGUGGUUUGACAGGCUCUGGGAGAGUGACAGAGAGGUCAGAUUCCCAUUCGGAUACGGUUUGAGCUACACAGAUUUUGAAUUUUCUGAGGCCUCGAUAUCUGGCGAAUUGGCUAAUGCUGCCGACACGAAAGUGAACGUCACAGUGAAAGUAAAGAACGUGGGAUCGAUUCCUGGCUCAGAGACUGUUCAGGUGUAUGUCAAGCCUCCUGUGGGGCCAUUUCUAGAGCGGCCUGUUAAAGAGCUUGCCGCCUUUGCGAAAACAACAUUAUUACAGCCUGGCGAGGUUCGACUAGUGGAAGUAGAGUUUGGAAGGGAUACAGCAGCCUUUUGGGAUGAGGAAAGGAAAAGAUGGUCUGUCAGUGAAGGCAUCCACGACAUUUUAGUGUCUACCAGUUCACAUUUAAAGGACGUGAAAGCAGUACUGCAAGUAAACGUUGCCACGGUGUUCCAGUUUGAGCCAUGAUUACACUGCAUAGCUUCUGCCUUUCGUACUUGGAUAAGUAUGUACG